AUGCAAUAUAAUGGUCACUAUGCAAUGCAUGGAAGACUUACACAACUGUUAGUGGACUUUGAAGGAUUUAUUGUGGCGUUCAAAACUAUGAUACCAGGAAAAUCACAUGACAAUUUAUCAGCACUUUAUAAUCAAGAAUUUGCUAAAAUAUUGGGAAAUUAUUUAUUGAUUGGAGACACUGCAUUCAAUCAUGCUCCGUAUGUUGUUGCUGGUUAUCCAAAACCAUCGGUGAAUACAGAUGCGAAAAGAGUGUUUGAUGUUAUUUCAAGACAAGAGCAAGUGGUUGUUGAAAAUAAGCAUGGUGAUGAGAACUAA